UGUCGGCCGUGCAUGCAUAUCUCGCUUGGGAUAGACCAUUGCUUUUUCAUUCCAGCUUAGGCUGCCCAGAAUCACCGCAAGUUGAGCUCGCGUCUGCCUCCAAGUUGAUAAGAUUUAUUCCGACCAUCUGUCCGGUCUAAUCACUCUCCCCGCUCACUCACCAUGGCCGAGCUCGUCCCAGAGAACGCGUGGGAUACCCAUAUUCAUGUCUUUGAUCCCAAGAAAUUCCCCUAUGCCGUGCCACGCUCGUACACGCCCCAGGCCGCUCAAAUGACUGAGUAUCCGACGGUCAUCACGGGCUGCAGGAACAUCGUGAUCGUUCACGCCUCCAUGCAAGGGGUCUCACCGGCCCCAUUAGUCGAUACUCUGUCCAAGCAGCAAGAGAUGCCGGGAUACACUCUCCGAGGCCUGGCAACCAUCGACCCCUUCACCGUCACCGAUGAACAGCUGGACGCGUUACAUGCCGCUGGAGUGCGCGGGGCGCGCUUGCACGAGAUGGCCUGGGGCCACGGCAAACAGAGCGGUGGCAGCGACAUCAUCAAGAAGGUAGAAGCUCUGGCCCACCGGCUGGCCCGGUUGGGAUGGGCUAUUGGCAUCUUCUGCCCUGUCAGUGCCUGGGCUGCCAUGGCGGAGACGAUCCGCAAUAUGGAUCCUCGGAUCCAGAUGGUGGCUGAUCAUUUUGGGGGGACGUUCCCUGGGGAGGAGAACUCUGCUGAGUUUGCCACGUUCCUGGACCUGAUCCGGGAAAAGCGACUCUGGGUGAAGGUCUCAGGCUUCGAGCGACUGUACCACGGUCACGAAAGUGGCAUGAAGGCCAUCGAGCCCAUCGCGAAGGCGGUGAUCCAGGCCGGUCCGGAUCGCAUCAUCUUUGGCACGGAUUGGCCUCAUACGCAGUUAGGGGUGACACGCAAAGGCAAGACUGACCAGCAGCGGUUGGAAGAGGUGGAGGGAUUCCGGGAGGUCGACGAUGCCGGGCACAUCCGGACAUUGCGUGAAUGGAUCCCCGAUGAGAAAAUCUGGCAGAACCUGUGGGUCAACAACCCAGCCAGAUUGUUUCAGUAG